UCUCAGUGCUGCCUGGCCUCCCAAUUGUCUCAUCAUGUACCUGCCCUAUGUCUUAAUAUGCAUGCUCUUGGAACUCUUAGCUGUAAGAUGCCAGCUGAUGCAAGGACGUAUAGUGGGUGGUUAUGCACCUGCACCCAAUUCGAUCAAAUACAUAGUCUCAAUACAAACAACCAGAGGACAGCAUUUCUGUGGAGGCUCCUUGAUUAGUAAAUACUGGGUGCUCACAGCGGCUCAUUGUAACCAAGGGCUAGACAACAUGUUGAUUGUGGCCGGGGACUACUCCCUGAGCAUGUACGAGGGCACAGAGCAGUUCUUUAUUCCGCACCUACUGAUACCACAUCCUCAGUACAGCAGCAAGACAAACAACGCAGACAUCAUGCUGAUCAAGCUGAAGUCCCCAGUGUACCUGAACAGCUACGUGUCCACGGUCCCGCUGCCCCGUCAGGGUGCGUCGGUGGCGGAGGGCAGGGUGUGCCGGGUGUCUGGCUGGGGAUUCACCAGCACCAACGGUGGCAUGCCCUCCACCCUGCGCACGGUCCAGCUGCCCAUCGUGUCCACAGCCAAAUGCAACAGCAGUGACUCUUUCAAUGGCAGCAUCACCUCCGACAUGCUGUGUGCUGGUUACAGCGAUGGAGGGAAAGAUGCCUGCAAGGGGGACUCUGGGGGUCCUCUGGUGUGUGAGGGGCGUGUCUACGGCCUGGUCUCCUGGGGGAGAGGUUGUGCUGACGCCCAGUACCCUGGGGUGUACACGACUGUGUCAAAUUUCCGUAGCUGGAUUGACCGGACCAUAUUCAGCUACUAUAGCAGGUGCAUCACGUAUUAACGCACAGUGUUUCGGAAACAUUACACAGGUCCUGAACUUGAAACACAUGUUCAUAACACACAACACAAUUCCCAGUUUGAUGUAGCUUGUAACUUGUUCUAAUAUUUUUCACCAUUUCAGAAUUGUGCACAAUAAUCGACCUGGGUUCAUUCUCAAGCUUGAAUAUUUAUAAUUUCAUGUUAGACACGUUUUCUUUUUAACUUUUAUACGACAAUAGGUCAGCAUACAGUACUUCCUUAUGCUGUGGAAGCAAUUGAGUACAUGUAAAUCAUCCACCCAAGGUGCCAUAUUGUUAUUUGUAGUGCCCAGUAAAACCUAGUAUGUAUAGUAGAUCCACUACUAAGAACCUAGUAUGUAUAGUAGAUCCACUACUAAGAACCUAGUAUGUAUAGUAGAUCCACUACUAGUAUGUAUAGUAGAUCCACUACUAGAACCUAGUAUGUAUAGUAGAUCCACUACUAGAACCUAGUAUGUAUAGUAGAUCCACUACUAGAACCUAGUAUGUAUAGUAGAUGGUAGCUAUGACAACCUUACAAACACCCUGCAUUUGACCUGUGACAUCGCGUUUGGUGACAAAAUAUAAAAAUGCCAAGCCUGGUUUAUUGAACAUCUACUGUAGUGUUCAGCCAGCCUCACAUGGUCCACACUUAAAGCACCUUUCAGUUUUGGAGUUGAGUGAAAGUACUGUAUAGAGCUAUAAUGUACUGCCUAUGGACUGAAAAGGCUGAAAUUGUUAGUCUUUCAAACAAUAAAGUAAACUUUGUGUUGUCAUGUUUUGUAAAAUAAAAAA